AUGCCAAAUAGUGAAAGAAAAAAAAUCCAUCAACAUCUUUUCCAAGAAGGUGUUCUUGUAGCUCCAAAAAAUUUCGAAAUUCAACAUGAUGAAAUCGAUACUAAAAAUUUAUAUGUUAUUAAAGCUUUACAAUCAUUAACUUCAAAAGGUUACGUUCAUACUCAAUUUUCAUGGCAAUAUUAUUACUACACUUUAACUGAUUCAGGUGUAGAAUUUUUAAGACAAGAAUUAAAUAUCCCAGAAGGAAUUUUACCAUUAACUAGAUUAAAGAAUGCUCCUGCUGAAAGACAAAGACCACAAAGAGGUGGUGCUCCAAGAAGAGGUGGUUUCAGAAGAGGUAGAGAUUAA